CUUGCCCUCCAAACAUUAUUCGCUUUGGUACUACUUUUCCAGCUACUUUUUUCCCCCUCAGUUCAACAUUAGCUCCGUUCGUGGUUAGUUCUGCUUACCUGUGUUGGAUCUCAGAGAUUCAUCCCCCGGCACUGCAUUUUUUCCGGCUAUCUGCUCUGUUUUCCUCCAUUUCUUCCCCGACUAUGUGGUCUGAACAUGCUGAUGGAAUGUUGCGUUUGCCUAAGGUUAAUGCUUGUCUGGUUCGUUGGACAUCUCAAGUUCAGCUUAUCGAGGCAUCGCACGUGAAGACAACUUGUGGCAGUGAGCUAACAAAGAAGUUCCGAUACUUUGUUUUUUCUGAUUUCCAGGGUGUUAAGGUGACUGCACUUACGAUUGAUGAGAAUAUUGAUCGUGUUAGUGAUGUAUUUGUGCCAUUUAAGAAGUAUCGCAUUUCAAAAGCCCGUGUUUAUGAGAUACCUAACUCUUCUUUGAGUGUUGGUUCUUAUCGCUUUUAUUGGGUUUUAACUAAUGACACUGUAAUUGAUGAAUUAAUCGAAAUUGACCCUCCAAAACUCCCAUGCUAUUUUCGCCUACGCUCUAUUGCUUCGUGUGAUGCUGUUGCCGACACAGAAAACUUCAUAGAUAUCAUGGGAAUUGUUUUGUGUGCCUUUCCUGCUAGAGAGGUAUAUUUUGAAGGAGGCCCAUCUGUCGCACGUGACUAUGUUAUUGUUAACUAUGAGCUUAGGCCUGUUAUUUUAACUCUUUGGAAUGAGUUCGAAGCCAUAGAAGGGGCUGACAUAAUGGCUAAUAUUGCACAGAAUCCGGUUUUGAUAUGUAUCCGUCUUAGGGUGACUACCGAUAACUAUUUAUCGUUAUCUACUCAGUCUUCGUCUGUGAUAUUGGUUUCCCCAAUUGUGCAAGAAGCUGGGAACCUCCGGGCAUGGUUUCAAGCUAAUAAAUCAGACCUCACGCAAAUGGUCCACGAGAGGAGUUAUGCUAAUUCAUGUGUAUUGGUCCCACCAGUUGCUUCUAGCCGUAUAAGUCAGAUCUCAUUCAUUGCACAGGCGACGAAGUUUGACAUAGGAACUGCAUGGAUAAGAGGCACGGUUUCUCUUGAGUAUAGAAAGGGUAGACUAUGGUAUCUAGCCUGUCCACAUUGCUAUCUUCCUAAUGAUUUUUCUUUGAACUGGGGUAUCAUGUGCCGCUAUUGCAGCCGAGACAUUUAUACUUUCCCUAGGGCUUGUGUGACUCUUGCUAUCAAGGAUGGCACUGGUUCACUGAAUGUAAUAGCCAUGGGAGAUGAGGCCGAGAAGUUAAUAGGUAUCAAUUCUCACCGUUUAUAUCAGGCUGAUAAGGAGGAUGUGCAUCUUACUGAUCGUGUGGUGAGUGCACUUAACGGAAGAGUAAUGUUGUUUUAUCUUAAGCAUUCGGACCAUGCUUUUAGGGUUACAAAGGGUGCUCGCUAUACAAUCGUCGCUUCCUAUGACGUGAAUGAUGCUGAAGCACAAGCUGCCUAA